GUUUCAGUAUACGUUGUUGGCAUGUUGUUCCCCUGUAGCUCAAGGAAAUGGUGCGGUCCAAUACUAUUGAAGGCAAAACUGGGUAGCUGUUUGUUUUCAGCUAGAAUAGAACGCUGCUGAUAGCUUUCCAGCCUACCGCUGCGGCACCGAAUUUGAAGGAGGCCGUGGCUGUUAAAUAUCUGCUUGCUUUCGUUUCAACUGUGUGGUUUCUCGCCAUGGCUCUGUGCGGUGGUGUCGGAGCCAUGGCUUUACCAAGCGAGCUAAUCGUCCACAUAUUCUCCUUUCUGUCAGACCGAGACAAGCUCCGGGCCUCGGCCGUUUGUUCGCGAUGGAGGGAGUGUCUGUUCUAUCCCGCUCUGUGGACCGAACUCAAACUGCGGAUAGGUGGCGGCAGCUCAAGCUCCGAGGAGACUUCGAGGUUAGAGUUCCUCAUGCGGAAGUUCGGCGCUUUCGUGCGAGAACUGCAGCUGGAACUCGCUCCCGCAGAAGUCAGCCCCAGUUCCCUCAACAACGAGCCGCCCUCCACCAGGGUGGACCUGCCUCCCGGUCCUGACAACGACCCGCAACCGUCCGAGCGAUGGAGAGACGCAAUGGCUACCUACUUGGACCAGGCGUUGUGUGUGUUCACUAACAUUCGCAACAACAGGAACCUGCAGAAGUUGCGUCUAUAUGGCGACACUUGUGCUCUCCAACAGGAGGGACUCUUGGACAACUCCAACCUCCACCAGAUUGACCAGGGCCACAAGAAAAUCAAUGAGAUCCAGCGGUUGUUGAGAGAGUUUUUGUCUCACAGUAGGCAGCUUAGGUGGUUGUCCUGUAGCUUCAUGCUUGGUCUGGUGACUCCCUCCUCCUUAGCAUGCCUAUCGAAUCCCUCUUCUGAGACUUUGCAGCACCUCAGUUUGCUUGACCACCAGUUCGGUCCACUCAUCUCACCAUCUGAGUUGGACCGUCUGUCUGCUUUACACUCUCUGGCUCUUGAUUUCUCUGAUCUGACAUCUGAGCUUUGUGGUCUGCUGGCAUCACCACACCGCCCUCCGCUGCAUCGUUUGUCCCUGCUGCUUAAUGGCGCCACCCUGGAAUUCAAGUCUUUAGAAGGGACAGCCACAGAGGACGAUUGGAAGGCGCUGGUACGGGUGAGUGCCAACCUGCGAGUGUACAUCAUGGUUGUAGAGGUCAGCAGCAGAGAUCUCCUCGGAGUGCUAAAGCCGAGCCUUCCACUGGAGCGCAUCCACCUGGACAGUUACAAUACACUGGUGACCGACACCACUCUGGAGCUCAUCGCUCAGCAAUACAACAAAACCCUAACACACUUCCUUUUACUGAGGGAUGACCCGGAUUUCCCAGACCUCAGUGUCAAUCGCAACGAAGAUCCAUUGGUCCUCUUGGCUUGGAGGUGUACUCAGUUGGCUGUGCUUAUAAUUCACGGCUACACUGUGUGGUCUCAUAAUUUGGUGGCAAUCUCUCGGCUGCGGGGAUCCAGUCUUCGUGUCCUGACUGUGUCUGAGGAGAGCAUCGACUUUGACCCGGACCAGCCGGUGUAUCUGGAGGGCGAUCCAGUUCAUAACCUGGUCAAAGAGGUCUCGCUGGGCCUUGGCCGAGUGUGGCACCCAUGUUUGGAUUACAACAUUGUUUUGACUGACCCCACCCAGCACUUCCAUCAUGAGCUGCAUGCUUUCAGCAUGGGCAUUUAGGCAAGGAUGGCCAGUCCCAUAGACCACAGCCUGAGCUGUGCCAAGACCAGGCCAGACCAACCAAGUACACAUCAGCUCACACCACGCUACACCAAUCUAAACUCAAUCUUAACCAAGACAAAUCAUAAAACUGUAUGUUCGCACGAGUUUUGGCACAUAACAGAAGGCAAAUAAUUUCCAAGAGGUUUUCUAGUUUCCUUAGAGUUCUUGUGUCUUAAGAAUCAAACUGAAAUUUAGAAAUUCCAAACUAACUUUUAGUUGCAUGCUUCAUUCACAGUUAUGGAGUCAGGUAAAUUCAGGUUGUAGGGUUAAAAAUAGGUCAUUGCGUUCCAGUCUUUCAGGGCCCAUUCUGGCCUGGUCUUGCCCACAGAGCUAGACAUUUUCCUAUAACUGGCUAAUGUAAUAAAGCCUAGAGCCACUGUAUGAAAUUACUUUUUAAAAUAU